AUGCAAUCGAACGAUCCUAACGAGGAAUCGGUCUUCGAACCGCCUCCCAAGUGGAGAUCCGUGAUGCGGCAGCAGAAUUCAUCGUCUGAGAUGGCCGCCGCAGCCCGUUCCGACUACCUGUCGAUCUUCACGUUCGUCGCGGAGAUUCCUCGCUUCUUCGUCUCGUAUCGCUGGUGGGAAGACGAGGCAACCACCGUGCUGUGGGCAUUCAAUAUCCAAGAGAUCAGCCAUGUGAUUCGCUACGGCCUCUUUCGCGAUGAGAGCCUUCCCCGAAGCUCGUUGUUAAGUCGCAAUGCAGACACAAUUGACAACUUCCUCAUCGCAUUGUCACAGCCGCGAGAGCACCAGUUUCUCGCCAAUCUCUCGCACUUGCAGCGUGUCGAGGAAAUUUUGCGCCGCGCGAGUAUUACGCCCACUAAGUUAGCCCCUUGGUCCUGGUCGCCGCCGCCUCCUGGACAUUCGCUCGACGCGUGCGCAGUCGCAGCGGCUAUUGAAGCCGAGAGUCAUCUUCAUUUUACGCAGAUUGCCUUCGAGGAGAUUGUGCGUGCCUCUCUUGGGUACGAAGCGGGUUCUAUUGAAUGGUUCUUGUUACAGCAUACGGCUCUUCAUAUUCACCUUCUGGAUCAUCUCCGCAUCUACCCAGAAGAAAUUCCUCUUUAUCUAGAAGUAGAAAAGCAACUGCGCACCCGGAGUCCAUUUGCCCAUCGGGCUGUGGUUCAAAGUAUAAUCACGGUUCAACCAAGGAGAGACCGCGAGGUGCUUCGCUCGAGCGACCCCGGAUUUGAAUUCAUUUCAGGGCCGAUCCAGACUCUAUUCAGAGAUCAGCCUCCUAGUUUAACGACUAUCCUCAAGGUGUUUACUGUUCUAGCGGUCCGCUUCCAGCGGCAAUACGUCCAUACUACGGGGAUGAACUGGAAGGUCCCAUUCGAUACCUCGAUUUCCUUUCUGGAAUACUGUCUUACUUCUACGACGGCAGGCGACCUAGCUCACACUCUAACAAGUACUGACGAGGUCGACUUUGCGGGCUUAUCGCGAACGAACCUAGUUGCAGAGGAUGCAGUGGUGAAGCAGCUCCUAGCGAAUUGGCGUACUCUGAGUGCCUCAGUGUGGGAAUGCUGCUCCGCGCUGCCCGAUCUGAUUCCACAUUUGCAAGAUUGUGCACAGAAUCUCUAUACUACGCGCAACUAUCACUCCCUGACCGCCCUUCUCGAUGGACUCCACAAAUACAGUAUCUCUACUGCACGAGCUCGGAAUACCGGUUCGAUGGUCGCCCUGGACCCUUGUAUUCCACCCACCUUACUUUUUCUCUUCAAUCCUUCCCAAAACCAUUCGGCGUACCGACAGCAUUACCACGAAUCCCCUGGCAUUCCAUUCCUCCUCCCGCAUAUUCGCGACUACAAACAGAAUGGCGAGUCCGUCUUACAGCCGCUUCUCCAAUAUCUGCAACGCUCUCUUUCUUUCAAACGGUGA